UGGGGCAGCUCUUGUGACCUCCUUCCCCAGGCCCUCAGCACCAUGACGGUUUCAUACACCCUCAAAGUGGCAGAGGCUCGCUUUGGCGGCUUCUCUGGCCUGCUUCUCCGCUGGAGGGGAAGCAUCUACAAGCUCCUCUACAAGGAAUUCCUACUCUUUGUCGUCUUGUAUGCUCUGCUCAGCAUUACCUACCGGCUGCUGCUGACGCAGGAGCAGAGGCAUGUGUACGCUCAGGUGGCCCGGUACUGCAACCGCUCUGCGGACCUCAUCCCUUUGUCCUUCGUACUGGGUUUCUAUGUGACACUGGUGGUGAACCGUUGGUGGUCCCAGUACACAAGCAUCCCGCUGCCGGACCAGUUGAUGUGUGUCAUCUCAGCCAGCGUGCAUGGCGUGGACCAGCGAGGCCGCCUGCUUCGUCGCACUCUCAUCCGCUAUGCCAACCUGGCAUCCGUGCUGGUGCUACGCUCAGUCAGCACUCGCGUGCUCAAGCGCUUCCCCACCAUGGAGCACGUGGUGGAUGCAGGUUUCAUGUCCCAGGAAGAGAGAAAAAAGUUUGAGAGCCUGAAAUCUGACUUCAACAAGUACUGGGUCCCUUGUGUCUGGUUCACCAAUCUGGCGGCCCAGGCCCGGAGGGAUGGGCGGAUCCGUGAUGACAUCGCUCUCUGCCUGCUCCUGGAAGAGCUGAACAAAUACCGUGCCAAGUGCAGCAUGCUGUUCCACUAUGACUGGAUCAGUAUUCCCCUCGUCUACACCCAAGUGGUGACCAUAGCAGUAUACUCCUUCUUUGCCCUCUCCCUGGUUGGCCGCCAGUUUGUGGAGCCGCAGGCAGGGGCUGUGGCCUCUCAGGAGCCUCUGGACCCACCCUUAGGAGACCUGGACAUGUACGUGCCUCUCACCACCCUCCUGCAGUUCUUCUUCUAUGCUGGCUGGCUCAAGGUGGCUGAACAGAUCAUCAACCCUUUUGGUGAAGAUGAUGAUGACUUUGAGACCAACCAGCUCAUAGACCGCAACCUGCAGGUAUCCCUGCUAUCUGUCGAUGACAUGUACCAGAACCUGCCUCCCGCCGAGAAGGAUCCGUAUUGGGACGAGGACUUGGCACAGCCGCCCUACACUGUGGCCACGGCGGCUGAGACGCUACGGCCUUCCUUCUUGGGCUCCACCUUCAACUUGAGAAUGAGCGACGACCCAGAACAGAGUUUGCAGGUGGAGGCGUCCCCCGGGAUGGGCCAGCGACCAGGCACUCAGACCCCGCUGCUCGGCCGCUUUCUGGGUGCUGCAGCGCCCUCCCCCGCUAUCAGCCUCCGGAACUUCAGCCGUACACGAGGACCCCCCCGAACCCCUCAUCUACCGCGGUUCCGGGACGAGGAGGGUGGCGACCCCGAGACCGCCAACCGCAUCGAGGAAGAGGCAGCGGAGUCAGCGGACGAGGCCCUGGAACCCUGAG